AUGAGUGUUGUGGCGUCCUUCGUUCAACAAGGCAAGAAGAUUGUCGCCAUUGGCCGGAACUACAGCGAGCAUGCCAAGGAGCUGAACAACGCCGUUCCGAAAGAGCCUAUCAUCUUUCUGAAGCCUACCACGAGCUACGUUGCUUCUGGAGGCAAUGUAGAAAUCCCUAGGGGCAUCCUAGCACACUAUGAAGUGGAACUUGGCGUCGUCAUAGGCAAGCGAGGACGUGACAUACCUCUAUCAGACGCAGAGAGCUAUGUCGCAGGCUAUGCGCUGGCCGUAGAUAUGACAGCAAGGAACCUUCAAGAGGAGUUGAAAGCCAAGAGGCUCCCUUGGACCGUUGCAAAGGGCUUCGACACUUUUACGCCGAUCAGUUCGUACAUUUCCAAGGACUCCGUGGCUGACGCGGCGAACUUGAGUCUCACUCUCAGGGUCAACGGGGCAGUCAAGCAGGACGGAAACACCAAAGAUAUGAUAUUCUCCAUUCCUAAACUGAUCGAGCACAUCUCGACAAUCAUGACAUUGGAGGAGGGAGACCUCAUCCUGACGGGGACUCCUUCGGGAGUUGGUCCAGUCGUCCCAGGAGACAAGGUCGAGUGCACACUGAAGGACAGCACAGGCAAACAACUCGCCACUCUGGACUUUGCUGCUGUACAGCGCGAGGGUGGGUAUGAGUACUGA